GUUUAAUGGAGGUGACCUUCAGUGUUUAAAUUUCAAUUGUGAUUGCGCUCAACCUGUGACUACUAGUGAUGCCCUCGAAAAAUAACCGCGAGUCGGAGGAAAGUGGAGGUGAAGAUGAAUUCCAGGUGGAAAAAAUCCUGAAAGUUCGUAUCAGAAAUGGACGGAAGGAGUAUUUCUUGAAGUGGAAAGGCUAUUCAGAAGAAGACAACACAUGGGAGCCUGAAGAGAAUUUGGAUUGUCCAGAUCUGAUUAAGGAAUUCGAAGAGCGGCGGUCUCGUGAGAAAAAUUCAGUGGCCAGUCCAGCGAGGACUAGUACGGGUGCAGAACCAAGGGUACGAAGUAGAUCUAAGGGUUCGUCUCUUAGUUCCGAUACCUCUAAAGACCAAGCAGAAGAAGCCCCAGAGCCUGCCAAAAAGAAACGCGCAUCUAACAUACCUGCAGCCACCGAGGAGCCAGUCACUGAGAUCGUAAGUGUCCCAGAAAAAGCAAAAGAAGUAGAAGAAGAGGACACAAAGGCUGAGACACCGAAAUCAUCUGGGAAGGUUCGUGGGUUCGCUCGUGGAUUGAAAGCUGAAAGAAUAAUUGGCGCGACUGAUUCCAGCGGAGAGUUGAUGUUUCUAAUGAAAUGGAAAGAUUCCGAUGAGGCUGAUUUGGUGCCUGCCCGUGAAGCUAAUAUCAAAUGUCCUCAAGUUGUUAUUCGCUUUUACGAAGAAAGAUUGACUUGGCACACACCUGAAAACCGUUCGGGAGCCCAGCGUUCUGGUCCAACAACAGGCACAAAUGCUGCUGCAACACGUUCAUAACUUUAUCACUUUAAACUGCAUUUAUUACUGAUGUCACUUUUCUUAAUCCUUGAUAUUACUAUGCAUUUCUGUAAAGAUGCCAUCCUUAUCUAAUAUAUCAGAUGUUCGUACUCCCAUUAAACAUUUGUUUUGUGAUAGGUUGACUGGUGAGUUUCGAUCACAUCUCUUCUCAAACUUGCGUUCACAAAAAGGUUGUAAUCUUUCGCUGAUUUUUUGUACUUCCUUCUUGCUCUCAAUCAUCCGAUCACAGUAGUUAGUUGGAUAGUACACAAUUUUAAAAACCUUGGUAGUUCCUACGGGUUUAGUGUGAAGUGGUUCAAAGUUCCGAUGUCCUCCUGCCACCUUACCCAGGUGUUCAGUGUUACGUUAAUGCCAGUGGGGCAUGUGUCUUAAACUCAGCAGCUGAAAAGUUGUUUGUGGCUCGAAGUAUCUGGAUGGGAAUUGGAUUAUGUUGAGUUUAGAAUACUAUUUUUGUUGAGUUGUGUUUAUGAUUUGCUGGGAUGCAUGGCUCUUUGUUGCUUGCAUGUGUCGUUUGGCAGAUUUGUUUGUUCUUUGCUCUUUGUUAAGUAGGAAGCUGUGUAUGCUCCUAUGGGAGUGUGAGCGACUGUUACUUCCUGCUGCUCAAUCCAUGGAAGUUUAUUUCCUUGCAUUGUCCGGAACAGACUGCGUUAGUUUUAUAGGCUGGUCACACGGCCUGUUUGCGUUGCUUUUAAUGUUUGCCGCUGCAAGGUAAGUCGAAAUGCACAUUUUUCGAGGUCGACCUUUCCUAACUCCCCCUUAACUAGAACGGAGAGGCAGCAUAGCUUGCUUUCUGGUCGCCUAAGGGAAGCACUGUACUGCUGUCACACCCCCAGCAGUACGAAUAAACCCACGCGCCUUCAAC